AUGUCCAACGACAGCCUCGCCACCCAGGCACUCCAUGCCGACAAUGGCCUAGACGGCAAGUCAGAUAUCGCUCUGCCAAUCCAUCUCAGCACAACCUUCCGGUACGUCUACAAUACAGACCAGGAUGAAUCUCUGCGCGGACCAGCAGUAUGUCACUCCACGGCAUUUCCUCAUCAACCAUGCACAAACACUAGAGCACGAAUACUAAUAAGUUCAUGGUUUGGAACCUUCUGCUACUCCCGAGACCGCGUCCCAACCCGCACCCGGCUGGAAACAGUCCUCUCAGCACUCAUCCACGGCCCAACACUAACAUACGCCUCCGGUCUAGCCGCCGUACAUGCAUACCUCGUAUUUCUCAAACCGAAACGCAUAGCCAUCGGCGAUGGAUACUACGGCAGCCUUCAGGUAGCAAAUCUACACCAACAGCUAACCGGCUAUCCUGGGCUUCGACCAACUGGACGCUCUCGAAGCAGGGAUGUAAUCCACCUUGAAACACCGAUUAAGCCAACAGGGGAAGCACUGAGUAUCCGACGAUUCGCAGAUGAGGCACACAAACGCGGAGCAUACCUAAUAAUUGACUCUACAUUAAGACCACCAGGUCUCCAGGAUCCGUUUGCGCUGGGCGCAGACAUUAUCAUGCACAGUGGGACGAAGUAUUUCGGUGGUCAUUACGAUCUUCUCUGUGGAACGUUGUCAAUUCAGCCUGCUAGAGAAGAAAGCUGGUUCAAGACUCUACAUGAGCAGCGGACUAUUCUUGGUAGUGUACUCGGGAGCAUGGAGGUGUGGCUUGGAUUGCGGAGUCUUCGGACGUUGGAAUUGCGGGUUCGACGACAGAGCGAGAAUGCUACUGCUUUGGUGCUCUGGCUUUAUGAAUGUUUGAAGAGUGAGUUUGAUUAUGUGGUUAAGAAGAUUGUUGCUGCUUUGCGAGAACGAAUACCUCAUGAGUUUGGGCCGGUGUUUCGUACUGAGAUGAAGACGGAGGAGAUGAGUCGUAGACUAUCGGGAUUGAUGCGUUUGUUUCAACAUGCGACUAAUCUUGGUGGUGUGGAGAGUCAGAUUGAAUGGAGGAGGCUGCUGGAUGUGUCAGCGAAGCCGACUCUUCUUCGGGUUAGUAUUGGGGUGGAAUAUUUGGAGGAUCUGAAGAGAGACUUGUUUCAGGGAUUCGAGGUGUUAAGACAUGAAAUCGGGUAG